AUUUGAAAGAAUAUUGGAGAAUCUGUUCGAUUUAUCUUUUCUUAUUUUUUUUAGCAUCAUUUCUAUUCUCUUUGCCAUGUACUCGUGAGUUUGUCGUGUUAUCUUUUAAUUGGUUCUUCGAAACUAUGCUUCUGAUCCUUUUAGAAUUAAAAUGAAUUUUAAUAAUCAUUUUAAGUAAUGGAAUCGUUAGCUUUUGAGGAAAUUUAUUUAUUACAUUCAGGGAGCUGAUUCUUUCUACCUAUUUAUUAUAAGUUGAUUACCGAUGUUCCCACUACCCCUUACUGAUAUCAAACUAUAACAAUGUCUAAAAAGAUCUAACCUACUUCUUAAUUUACUUUGAGCUUCUUCAUGUUCUUAGUUACUGAACGGCAAAAUAUUUGAAACAGUGUUCACAAUAGUUAAACCUUUAAAUUUAAAAAUCUAUCUAUGUCAUGGAUAGAAUUAAUGAGCGUUUUGAAGAUAUUUCAUUUGAUGCGGGGCCCAUUUCAAGUAGAGAACGAAACUUCAUAAUAUUUUUAGAACCAGACAUGAUUCCUAAGAUUGAACAUCGUUUUGAAGAAUAUGAAAAAGUUUCAUUUGCAUUUUUAUUUUUUGAUGACGUUUAUUCGUCUUUAAGGGUCUGUGAAAAAAGUGUAAAUAAUCGUAACUAUAAUUUUAUGUCUGAUAAUUCUCUUGAGGAACACUCCAAUUGGGAUAAAAAGUUUAUUGAAUGCUUAUUUUAUGUGCAACAUGUUUUACUUUUACUAAAACUCGGAAUAGGCAUGUAUGAUGCUCAAAGAGUUUUUAAAAAGCCUAAAUUUGUUUCUAAACAACGUUUAUUGCUGUACAAAAUUUGUGAAAAUUUGUCCAAUGCAGAAACAUUGCAAUUGAUGGAGUCCAUACCAUCGAUAUCACCAGAAAAAUAUCUUGAAAUAUUCAUUUUAAGGAUUCUUUCAUUAGAAAAUGGGCUGAAUUUGUUCAUAUCAUCACUAUUGUCAUUAAAUAAUCCUGUGAUUAACAGCCUCCUAGAAGAUAUUAAAGAAGACUCUUGUUCCGACAAUAUUAAAUUGACUCCAACAUCCAAGAAAUUACCUAGACCUGCAAAUCUUUCAGCAGACGAAAUCUAUCCGAUUAAGGAUCCUAACAAUGUUGGGCUUUGUUUUAUUAUUAAUGAAGUCAAUAUCAAAGGUGAGCAGAAAAGAGAUGGUUCUACUGAAGAUGUGUCUUUACUAAUAUCAACAAUGAAAUAUUUCAAUAUUAAUGUAAAAGAUUUUACUGAUGUACCAAAGAAAUAUUUUGAUGAUUUGGGUACAAUCAUUGAUAUUCAUUUCAAAGAAAAAAACUACUCAGUAUUUUUCCUGAUAAUUAUGUCUCAUGGAAAACCAGGUGUUAUUCUUUCAUCUGAUGAUAAGGCAGUCGAUAUAAAUUACAUUACUUCAAAGCUGCAUUGUAAAUCCCUUCAUAAAAUACCUAAGGUGUUGAUAAUUCAGGCAUGCCAGGGAGAUAUUUUGCUUGUUGAAAAUUUAGCUACAGAUGGACCAUCGUCUUUACAAUUUGAUCAGGCAACUCAGGUACGACAUAAGUUUAGAAGUCAUAUUAGUGACCUUCUAAUAGCUAUGUCUACUGUCACAGGUUUCAAGGCAUUUCGAGACAGAAAAACAGGAAGCUGGUUUGUACAAGCGCUUUGCAAAUGUAUGAAAGAACAUGAAAAUGAAUGCUUGCUUAGUAUCAUCACAUAUACUAUCAGAGAAGUUAAAGCACAGUCAGUUUCCCUUGAUAAAACCUGUCAAAUUAUUCAACAACCAGAAUUUCGUAGUCUUCUUGAGAAAAAACUUUAUUUGAAGCCAAUUAUUAAUAAUUGAAGGUGUAAUGUAUGAUUAUGUUUGUUAAAAAAUGUGAUUGAAUUAAUGUAUAUUAUGUAAAUGUAAACCAAUUACACUGUUCUUAUUUUAUUAUA